UUCCUAUUGUUCUAGUACUGUAUGAUGAGUGACGACGACGCUCCUUCUGCCUCUGCCUCUGCCUCUGCCUCUGCCUCUGCCUCUGCCUCUGCUCCGACUGCGACGCCGCGGCGCCUGGAUCAGCUGCUGAGCGAGUCACAGCUGGCUGCGACGGACGGCCAGACAGACAAGGGCCUCGCCACCGUCUCGCUCGCCGCCAUCUUCAAGUUGCUGCAGAACGCUUCCCAAGUCCCGAAUCAGGCGCCGCCCAAGGCCAUCAGCUUCCUGUCUGUCAAGCUCGAGGGUCAGACGACCAACGCACACCAUGCAAAAUUCAAGUGCGUGUUUGACAUCCUUGUGCUGAACAACGGAUGGAACAUUGCCAAGCUCUUGAUGGAUAAGGUGGCCGUGGUCAGCUCUUCGAUUGUCCGCACGGGCCUCGACCCGCUGACGGAAGACGCGAUUGUGAGUGCGUCCAUGCCGUUCGUCCAGCCCGCCGUCGCUAUUAUGGACCAGCACCACUCGCUUGUUUGCAACCGGGCAGGCCGCUACACUGUGGUGAUGGAGGCGCUCUGCCCGUUCACGACGACGCGCGAGAGCGGUGUCAAGCUCGACUUGCCCGUGUCGUCGUUCACCGAGCUCGCCUUCACGGUCGCACAGCCUGAUGUGGACAUUUCGGUCGAACCCUGCCUCAAGUCCGAGCGCAAUGCAGCGCCCGCGGCAGCAGGCACAACGUCCGUCCAGUGCCGCCUGCCUCCAACUCCCACCGUUUCCAUCCAGUGGACGCAAAAGAUUGUCGAAGACACGAAUCAAGUCGCCAAAGAGCAGCUGCCGUUGCAUGCCAUCGUGGAGCAGCAGCACCUCAUGUCUGUGGGCGAGAGCAUGCUCCUUGUUGCCUCGCGCUUUGACUACACCAUCCAGAACGGCUCUCUGUCUGUUCUGGAGAUUCUGAUCGACCACAACCUGCGCGUGUUGAAUGUGGAGACCUCAACCGGCUCGAUCAAGCGUUGGGAUGUGUCCACCAUCAACCCGGACGAAGCGACCUACAACGAGUACAGCCUGCCUUCCGAGGAUGGGGGUGAUUCUGCGCUUCCUCGCCUUGCCGGCAAGCCUCGACAGGUUCUGCGCGUGUUGCUCGAGUACGGUAUUGAGAACAAGUUUGAUUUGCGCAUCUCGAGUGAGCAGGAGCUUGGCUCGACGUCGUGCCGAUUCUUCCUGCCUUCCUUCCGGCACGUGCGCGGGCCUGUGACGCGUGAAAAGGGCUUUAUCGCGAUUGAGGCACGCACAAAUGUCGAGUUGGACCAGCUGGACACCAUGGUUGGCGUUUCCUACAUUGACGUCAGCGAGUUGCCCAAUGAGCUCCGCUCCCGCGCUAACAAUCCGCUGCUGCUCGCGUACAAGUACCUGCUGCCAGUGUACGAUGUUGAGCUCGAGGUCAAAAAGCAUGCCGAUGUCGACGUCCUCGUGGCUGCGAUCGACGACGCGCACUUUGUUGCAACCGUGACCGAGGAAGGCAAGAUCAUGUUCAAUCUCGUGCUGCGAAUGCGAAACACGCAAAAACAGUACCUGCGCAUUGUUAUUCCACCAGAGUGCGACAUUUGGUCGACGGUGGUCAGUGGCACGGCCGUCAAGCCCGCCAAGGACAAUGAAACGGGCGAGGUCAUGAUUCCACUCAACAAGGUCAAGGACAAGUCGUCUUCUGGCUCGGAAUCCUCUCCCAGCUUUUUUGUCGAGCUCCUGUAUGUGCGCCAACCUACCCCCGAGAACCGCGCUCAACUGGCAAUGCAAGCACGAGGCGUCUUCCACUUGUCCUUCCCCAGCGUGGACAUUCCGGUCAAUCACCUCUUUGUGUCUGUGUGGAUGCCCCUCGACUUCAAGUAUGGUGAAUUUGACGGCGAUCUGCGCGAGGUUCAAUACUUUGGUGCCACGCCGCCGGUUGCGACCACCCCCGAGCCGUUCGAGUCGUUCAGGAACGAGUAUGGCGGCGGCCUUCCGCCACCCCAGAUACAACAGCAGCAACGACUGAUGCGCAAGAACUCUGAGAGUGACGAGGACGAUGAACAACACUGGGACUCGUACGAUCGACGGGCCAGUAUUUCGCUCAAUGAGGCUCCUGCCAUCUCGUCCUACCUGAAAGCUGCUCCCAAGGCAAACAAGCAGCGCGGGUUCAAUGUCGGACACCAUAUGAAGCACGGCGGUGUUGUGCCCGUCAAGGUCGACAUGAUCAAGAGCGGCCGCGAGUUCAAAUUUGAGCGACUCCUUGUUGUUUCACAGCUCCUUGAACUCCAAGUCUCCUACAAGAAAAUUCAGAAGGGUUACUUUGCCCAGCGCCGCAUCCACAAAAAGUAUUUGUGCUGCUAGAGUGCGAGGCUUUGUGUUUUCGUUUGUGUGUUUGGUUGUGUUGUGAGUUGGUUUGUUGUGCUUGUUUGGUUUAGUUGUGUUGUGUUUUGGUGAAAUAUCAGUUCUGCGAUCGCUGGUCGCGUUUCUUGCUUCUUA